AUGGCCAACGCCAUAUUCCCAUCCAGAACGCAGCCUCAAAUCCUGGAUUUCACCGACUCACUCCAGGAAUUCCAUCAGAAUCUAAUUGAGGUGGAUGGGGUGGGCAGUGAUGAGGAUUUCGCUGUCAGGAUGACGGAGAUUAUCCUACGGUUUGUGAAGAAUAAGAUUAUGCCGUGCGUGGGCAGGGAAGCGGCGCUCCAGACGAAAGUUAACGCCCUGCAUGUCCUGAUGGAUAUCGCGCUGGGCAUUGCGCAUGCGCCGCCGGCGCCCGUGAGUGAGUUGAUGAGGAGGGGGACGGCGCCGCCGAGUUUGGUGACGACGAUGUAUGAUGUGUUGAGCGAGGUGAGGGAGUCUGAGAAGAUGAAGUUGGCUAGGGAGCAUGCGUUUAUGCGGAAAGUGAAGGCGUUGAGGGCGUUUGAUCGAGAGGAUUCGGCGGUGCCGGUGUGGAAGGGGUUGGAUGAGGUGUUGAGGCUGCUUGGGUUUGAGGGGACGGUGGAUUUUAGGUUCUGUUAUGAUGCGGUGUGGAUGUUGCUUAAUGAUGAGAAGUAUGCGGGUGGUGCUUGUAUCAAUACGGGAUCGGUCGUGUUGAGGAUUGUUAGGAAUGAUAUCGCGGGGUUUGUGUCGGCGAAGAGCACGUUUGAGACGAAGAUCUAUGCGCUGAAUGCGUUGGCGGAUAUUGGGAUGGCGCUUUUGCAUGGACGGGUUUCGGGGGAUGAUGGGGGUGUGGUGGAAAUCACGUUGGUUAAUUCUAUUUUGAAGGUUGCGAAUUUGUUGGAGGAGAAAGAUAUUGAGAUUGUCUCGAAUGAGAUGCGCGCUCUGGCUCCUGAGAUGCCGCCAGAGGUAUGUGAUAACGCUGAAUCUAUGACUGGUCCUCGAAGAGAUCGAGUGCAUCGAAUUCUAAUGGAUACACCUCAUGUUAGAAAGCACAGUCCGAUCACCAACGCGCUGUUUGCGAAGUUUCUGCAUCUGAGAUGGUCUCCAAGGUCAUAUGUCUCACGAUGGACCACUGCUCUCAGGGUUUUGGAUAGGGUCAUUGAUAUCUUUAUUGAGUGUCCCGUCGGCACCGUUCCAUUGAGCUGUAAUCGGCUCGUAGAAACUGUCAACGAUGAGUUCAUGGCAGCAAAGACCAGCCAUUCCGCCGCGAACAACAGCGAUAUCAGAAAUAUAGUCGAUCGAACCAUCCAACGUCUCGCCAAGCGAGGCUCAGGCAAAGCAUGCGCAGCAACAAAAGUCAACGUCCUUCGCGCUCUCUUUCAGAUCGGAAUGAGAAUCCUCCAAUGGAGGAGGCCCGGAAAUCCAAGUUGGAUGAUCUCGAAAUUCCAAGACCAGCACUCGGAAACCUUGGUCACGAGCGCGUAUCUUGCUAUCUGUCGCUCAUUCUCAAAGGAGGAAUGGUCUGUAGUAAAGAAAAACCCAGGUUUGUUGAGGCAGAUAGAUACUUUGGAUAGUACGCGGCAGAAUGUGCCCGGGGCAAUGGCGGCGGUUGAGGAUAUCUUGAAAUUGUUUAAAGGGAAUUUUGUAUAUGGAGUUAGGAAGGAGGAUGGGGAGGAGGAGAUGAUUGAGAUUGUUGAUUUGUUGGAUGAUGAUUGA